ACGCGGAGCUGCGCACCGAUCCGCUUAAACACGCAGAAUGCGAGUGAAAACGGAGACCCGACUUGUCUUUCUGUCCUCCAGCCUCUCGCUCUCUCUUUCGCAUCAAUCUCGCAGGACCUAGUGACAGAUCGGACAGAUGUCUUACUCAACAUCUGGAAUAUAAAUUAAUCUAAAAAAAAACAUUUAUAUCUCCUACCUGCCUAUGUGGGGAUAUAUAUAUAUAUUUUUUUUUUUCAUUCAUAAAAUCUCCACCAUGGAAGCUUCAGCAUUAAAGCUUGUCAUUUCUCUCUGUUGCCAGCUCAUGGUCACAGCCUACACUCUGGAGAUAAGUGCUUAUGACUUCGAGAGAGGGAGACCAGCUAAAUGUGAGCCGAUCACCAUCCCGAUGUGCCAGGGCAUCGGAUACAACAUGACCCGGAUGCCCAACUUCAUGGACCACGACAAUCAAAAGGAGGCAGAGAUUAAGCUGAAUGAAUUUGCCCCGCUCGUGGAGUACGGCUGUGAUGCCAACUUGCGUUUCUUCCUCUGCUCUCUCUUCGCACCCAUGUGCGCGGACGAGGUGUCCACGUCCAUCCCCGCCUGUAAACCCAUGUGCGAACAGGCGCGUCAGAAGUGCUCUCCGAUUAUGGAGAAGUUUAAUUAUCCCUGGCCGGAUUCUUUGAACUGCUCUAAACUGCCUAUCAGGAACGACCCGAACGCGUUGUGCAUGGAAGCGCCGGAGAACGACACCAAACCAGAGCCUAAGAAAGGAGAAGGGAUGCUUCCGGUGCCUCCACGACCCAAACAACCCGGGCCGGGAAGCGGCCGUCCAGGGGGCCCCGUGGGGGUCUGCGAGAACCCGGAGAAAUUUCAGUAUGUGGAGAAGAGUGAGUCUUGUGCGCCGCGUUGCUCCUCAGCCGUAGAUGUGUUCUGGUCCAGACAGGACAAAGAUUUCGCAUUCAUCUGGAUGGCUGUGUGGUCCACUUUGUGUUUCGUUUCUACAUCUUUCACAGUCCUCACCUUCCUCCUGGACCCUCAUCGCUUUCAAUAUCCUGAGAGGCCGAUCAUCUUCCUCUCCAUGUGCUAUAAUGUUUACUCUGUAGCCUUCAUCAUCCGCUCAGUCGCUGGAGCAGAGAACAUUGCUUGUGAUCGUGAGAACGGGGAACUUUAUAUUAUCCAAGAGGGGCUCGAGAGCACUGGUUGCACCAUAGUCUUCCUCAUUUUGUACUAUUUCGGCAUGGCGAGUUCAAUCUGGUGGGUCAUUCUUACCCUCACUUGGUUCCUGGCUGCAGGAAAAAAAUGGGGUCAUGAAGCCAUCGAGUCUCACAGCAGCUACUUUCAUAUGGCCGCCUGGGGCAUACCUGCAUUAAAGACUAUAGUCAUCCUCACAAUGAGGAGGGUGGCAGGUGACGAGUUGACAGGGCUGUGCUAUGUGGGCAGCAUGGAUGUAGGGGCGCUAACGGGCUUCGUCCUGGUGCCACUUUCCUGCUACCUCGUCAUCGGAACGUCGUUUAUCCUCACUGGCUUCGUGGCACUUUUCCACAUACGGAAGGUGAUGAAAACCGAAGGUACCAACACAGAGAAGCUGGAAAAGCUAAUGGUCAAGAUUGGCAUCUACUCCAUUCUUUACACCGUUCCUGCGACAUGCGUCAUCAUCUGCUACUUCUACGAACGCCUCAAUAUGGACUACUGGAAAUUCAGAGGUCUGGAAAGCAAGUGCACAACCUUUCCAGGCAGAAGGAACGAGGACUGCAGUCUGGAAACGUCCGUGCCCACGGUGGCUGUGUUCAUGCUAAAGAUCUUCAUGUCGCUGGUGGUAGGCAUCACCAGUGGUGUAUGGGUGUGGAGCUCCAAGACAUUGCAGACCUGGCAGGGGCUGUGUAGCCGGAAACUGGCGGACAGGACUAACAGGAAGCCCUGCAGUGGAGGGAGCUGCAGUAGCAGCCACUGCCAUUACAAAGCCCCAGCCGUGGUACUGCACAUGUCCAAGACUGACCCCUACUCAGACUGCCCCACGCAUGUAUGAGAAGAACUCGAGCGUCUGUUUGCGCGUAUGGAAAUGGAGUUGAAACGGAGAGAGUGACCUCAUCUGUAAUGUGCUCUAUGGACUUUUACUUCUCCUCUCUGCGCGUAUGACAGUGUUUGAGACCAGGCUUAAAGACAAUUUGUCCAUGCUCAGCAAAGUAAGUGAAAGUUGUGAAAAAUGGACACUCAGAAAGCUAAAUGUUGCAGCUUUUCACUAAAGAAUGGACUGAAAUCAGUGUUUUAUUAUUAAAGGGAAUAUGUUUAUUAUUGCUUUCUGUAGCAGUGCAAAAAAAUCUAACCUCAAUUAUGCAGUUCUUUAUCUGGUGCACACAAAGAAACAGGCGUGCAUCGAGGUAUAAGACACGUUCUUGUCCACAUUUAGCUCAAUCCAUGGCAUUUAUGUGUUCUUAAAAGUUUCUAUUUAUUGUGUAUAUAUUUAAUUUAGUUUGGUCUUUUCAAGGAAUGGCCCGUAUCUCUUUGUAAACAAGUUGUAUUGAUGGGCCAAAUUAAGAAAAAGUGCCUUUUUUUUUUGGAAAAAAAUUAUAUUAAAUUAUAUUUUGUA